CGGCAACCCGAGAAAAAGCCGGCAGAGAGCGGUGUUGGAGAGCAGAUGGGAUUACCGGCGGCUUUUCGAGAGAGCAGGGAGGCCCUCGAGACACAAAAUGUGUGGUCUGUAGAUCAGCAGCAUAGCAUCACCUGAGAAGUUAGAAUUGUAGAGUCUCUGGCCUCAACCCAGAUGUAAUGAUUCAGAACCUUCAUUUUUAACAAGAUCUCUGGGUGAUGAGUAUGUACAUCAAGUUUGGGAGGCACACGGCUGAUUGUGUGGCUUACAGAAUAAAAUCUGUGCUUUCCUCAACCCUGUCCAACUCCACAAAAGAGUCCACGUAUGGUCUGAAAACUGCCUCCCUAAGAUUAGUCAACUGGCCAGCUGGAGCCCCAGGCCAGUCUUGUGCCUCCAAAGGAUUUGGCCUGUAUGGAUGACUAGGUGAGGACCCGAAGGCUGCGGACAGUAAGCAACCUGCCCAAGCUCACGUAGCCAGGAAGUGUCAAAAUGGAGACUGGAACUUAGGACUUCUGACUUCAGAGGCCCUGGGUAGCAAGUUGUUUGCCUGAAACAUGAUCACUACUACCGAGCCAUCUUUUUGCUCCUGCUGAGUAGUGUCUGGCUGCAUCUUCAGUCUUUGUGUUGACAGCCAUAUUGUUCCAUUCUCCAUAAGAUGAAGGACCUCUCAGACUGUGCUCCUUACCUCAUAAUGAGAAUUACCAGAAGGCCCGGAUGGAUUCCUAAACAACUGGACUUUGACUUCUGGGCAUUGGAUGGUGGGCACAGCCAAUGUGUGUCUUGAAUGGAAUAAUGAUGGUCUUAAGAUCCAUUUUCCAUGAGCCACCUCUGAAUAUCACCCCAGUGAAGUCGUUUGGUGCCAUUUUGCUGAUGGAAGAAGCUCAAGGUGAAUGACUUCUGAACCUUCAUCACUGAGGAUAACAUGAAGCUAGCCACCUGCCAUCUGACUACACCUGAGCAUGCCAAACCACAUUCCAUGGAGGGAGUUCCAGAAAGAUAUGUUGCAGACCCAAAGAAGGAAUGGCUCCUUAGAUAUGGGCAGAGCAAGGAAUGUGGAUGCACCCAGAGAGGAGCAAUGGUGACAAGUGCCUUCUGAUUAAAAUCUGGCUAUUCCGUGAAACUGCCAGUUGGAAAGAAUAUAACAGCUGAGGAUUCAAGCAUCUGACCAUUCUGGUCAUCUCUUCAAGUCAUUUCUGAUGUAAAUAUUCCAUGAUUUGAUGAGAUCUUACUUUUGGAUAAAUCGUGAGUAAGGGCUGCUCUGCCCAGUUCCUCCUCCUCUGGGAUUCAGGCCUUUGUCUUCACCCCCAUUCAAAGCCACUCUGUCCACCAUCAGCUACCUACUCCAGGAAAAUCUCAUAGCAAGAAUUCAACAGCGAUGAGGAAGCUAUACUAAGACAGCAUCCUUCAUAUGGCCCAAAGGAGAGAGAUCUGAAGGGGUGUGGGGUUAGUCAGAGUCCAAAACAUGUACCUUCUCUGGAGGAACCUCUCAGGCCUUCCCAGCUUCACUCAUGGUCUUAUCCCUUUCCUAGUUCUUCUUCUGUAUCCAUUUACCCAAACUUCUUCCAAAUCUACUUCCACCUCCAGAUUGACCUCUAAGUUGAUUUGGCCAUUGCGGACAGUGAAGGGGUCAUAAAGGAAAGUAAGGAAAAAGUUAAGAUCCAUUCGAAGGGAAAAAAAAGCUCACAAUAACAAAAAGCAAGUUUCUGUAUGCCCCCUAUCAACAUAAAACACUAGUUUCCUAUAGAAGCUCGACCAUUUCCUAUAAUUCUGAUUUUCUAUUAACAACCUACAUCUUUCCCAGAAGACACAUUUCUUUGUUCUCUUAUGUACAUUUCAUCUAAAAGUACAUUCCAUAGCACAAUGAUCCAAUUAUGGGCUGAAUUCUUUGGAAACUGCCAACAUUUCUCUUUCUACCUUCCUUUUGUUUCUAAGAGCAAUUGUGGAAUAGUAUAGACCUAAAAUGGGAGUUGAAAUAUGUAUUGCAUCAUUUGUCAUGUAGCUACAAAGGAAGCAGCAGGGCUAACCAGAUAUGAGCAACAGGAGAUUUCUGAUAAAUAACUCAUGGUUAUCUAGAAGCUGAAUUAAAUCACAGACACCACAGUUUGGAAUUGCAUUUUGAACUGCAAAAUUAGAGGUAACUGCCUCCUACUUAUAUGAUAGUGUCAUUUUAAUUUGAAAUUUGAGUAUGAUUUUAUAAGCUUAGCAUUCCAUUCUGUGGUAGUGCAGAAAGCAUUUAUGUAUUUAUCAGGUUUUCAUGCAUUUAAAUUUGGAAAAAGAGAUGACCAAAAAAAAAAAAAUCUGGAUGUCCCUGAUGUAGAUAGUAUAAUGGAUGUUGAUAGUAUUUAGAAAUAAAAUGGAUGAGAUUACCUUUUUAUGGGCUCAAUAUUCAUCAAUGAAAAUGUGCAACUGAUGAGUUCAGCCCUGUUAUCAGACAGCUUAAGACUUUCCCAAUUUAGAAUAGGAAGUUAGAAUGGAUGCUUCUCUCACUGGGUUUGCAUCAAAUAGACCAAAUGAAGAUUGUACAACUCAUGCACCUAUCACUUAACCUUCCUCUCUCUAAUUUGGGAAUAGAAAAAUCCACAAUUAAUUUUGGAUUUUGACAGGAGACAAAGGAGGAGCAGUGAAGUUCUGGGGGAAUUUAAAAUCUUGCUGCAUCUCCAGCUGACCCUAGUUUGGGCCACUUCAUCAUGGAAGCAUCUCCUGCCCAUCAUUUUUAAAAACUUGAGCCUCAUUUCAAGAGACUUACUGGUCUUGCUUCUGCAGACUCAUAAUUUCUUUAUUUGCUCUUGGGAAGAAAAAACAGGUAGAGGUUUAAAAGCUAGAUAUCCAUACAAUCCCAUCUCUUUGUCAUCAUUCUUAACCAGGCAGAAAGCUGAUGGGACACUUUAUCUCUAGCAAAGGGGUAUUUUCAGAUACUGAGGUGUUGCCAGAGACAACUGGUUAGAGAAGUUAGAAGGGAGAGGAAAGAGGAGGAUCCAGAUCCAACCCUUAUAACUGGUUGCUGUUUUCCCCAUAGGACUGUGCAUUGAUAGACCUCCGGUCCCUCACACUUUCUUUUUCCCUCUCCUCUCAUUGGAUGUCUCUUUCUGACCCCAAAUUUGACCUUUCAUAGUAAGAGGUCAGUAUGUUUUCACACUUGGGAAAUCUCAUUCAAGAAUUUUUGUCAAUGGACAAGUCAUAAGAAGCCCUUCCAUUUUAGGGCUCGUUGACGUCACCAAGGAGGCGAUAAAUAUCUGUUGAUAUAAUUGGAUGUGAGAUUCAGUGUUGAGAUAGCAAAACUCUGCCCCUCGUUCUCUGGCAAGGCCCUAUGAUUUAUGCAGGAGCAGAGGCAGCACGCAAUCGAGCUGUCAAGAGAGCGUCAGCUUAUUAGGCAAAUGCUGCGUGGUUUCUGAAGAGGGUCGACGCUAUAAAAUCCCACUCCAGGCUCUGGUGUGGAGAAACUCAGAGCCCAAGUCCGUUGAGAGACUGAAGAGAAAGAUAAGAGGGGAAGAAAAAGAGAGUGAGGACAGAAAGAAGGGAAGAAAACCCCCGAAAAAGCCCCGGAGACGUUCCUCUGCAGAGAGGCGGCAGCGCCCCACUCACCUGCAGAAGCACCUCAGAAGGUAGGGAGCGCCUAGACGGAAACGCGCCUCCAACUUUGCAUUGCCUGAGCGGCCAUGGUGUGCGCGGCAGAGCCGGGUGUCCCUGUGAGGGCAUGUGUGUGAGUGUGAGUGUGUGUGCGUGCCUGUGUAUGUGUUUGCUGACUGUGUCUCAGGAUUCCGGUAGUAGCCAGGAUGUGUCAAAAGCAAACUUAGACGGCUGCUAAUCGUUAUUGGACCUGCCAGUUACUCCUCGCUGGCAUUGUAGACGAGUCCCCCCCAUCGAUCCGGACCCCUGAGAGAAGGACGCAAGGUCUGGGAUGGAGCAAGAGGAGGAGGCGGCAGCAGUUCUCAAUUUGGAGGACAACGCUGAAACAUCCGGAAAGGGGAAGGGGGAGGGGGGUGGAUGAGAUCUAAAAUUUGUAAUCUUCUGUAGAGCUCAGGGAAUCAGUUUCGGGGGUCGUUAGGGGACUCAGAGACCCUUCGAGGGUCUCUAAAGAAGAAGGGUCACUCCAGCCUGACGAGGGGCUGAGCUUUGCUGCUGAGCCCUGUAGGCGUCCCCUUUCCUGUCCCCCCUCAUUACUCCAACUCUAGAAGUCCUUGUUCGAGAGCUUCAGCACCGCGGACAGUGCCUGCGCGAGCCCCUGAGGCACGUCUGUGGAUGUCGUGUAGGAAGACCCCGAGCGCACCUCCCAUUUGAGCUAAACUCUGACCAACUCUUUCUUUCUCUCUUCCCUUCUCUCAUUCCGCUCUCCGCCCACCUCUGUGCAGCAGCGAACGCCCCUAACAUGCGGCUGCCGCUGCUCCUGUCCGCGGGCGUCCUGCUGGUGGCCCUCCUGCCCUGCCCGCCAUGCAGGGCCCUCCUCAGUCGGGGUCCCAUCCCGGGCGCCCGGCAGGCACCGCAGCACCCCCAGCCCCUGGAUUUCUUCCAGCUGCCGCCUCAGCCCCAGCAGCCCCAACAGCCGCAGGCUCGGCCCGUCCUGCUCCGCAUGGGGGAGGAAUAUUUCCUCCGCCUGGGUAACCUCAACAAGAGCCCCGCUGCUCCCCUCUUGCCCGCCUCUUCACCUGUCGCUGGCGGCAGCGGCAGCCGCCUUUCGCCGGACGAGGCGGCUGCCAACUUUUUCCGCGCGUUGCUGCAGCAGCUGCCGCUGCCCCGGCGCCCGCUCGACAGCCCCGCAGGUCCCGCGGAGCGCGGAGCCGAGAACGCCCUCGGCAGCCGCCAAGAUACAUCGGAGAGGGAGAGGCGAUCCGAGGAACCUCCCAUCUCGCUGGAUCUCACCUUCCACCUCCUCCGAGAAGUCUUGGAAAUGGCCAGGGCCGAGCAGUUAGCGCAGCAAGCUCACAGCAACAGGAAACUGAUGGAGAUUAUUGGGAAAUAAAACGGUGCGUUUGGCCGAGAAGAUGCAGCAUUUAGCACAAAAAAAAUCUAAAAAAAUUAAAAUAAUACAGUAUUCUGUACCAUAGCGUUGCUCUGAUACCAUUUGUUUAUUUUUUUAUAGCUUGAAGCCUAGACAAUAUACAGCAAGAGAGCCUAUACUCCUUAAUUAGCAUGCACAAAGUGUAUUCACGUGCAGUAACAGCAACAAAAUGUUAUUUGUAUUGUCUACUUUUAGUUUCCAUUUCCAGGUGUCUUUAAUGGUGUUUAGAAAGUAUAGACCCAGAAGGAAAUGUUUUGAAGCAGACAGAAGUCACCCAAUUUAUUUUGUUGUGGUCUUAGCCAAAGAGAAUGUCAUUCUCUUGGGUGGGUGAAACAAAAUCUGUAAGCUCUUUGAAUCAACCUUUCCUUGUAAACGUUUCAGUAAUAAAACAUCUUUCCAAUCCUUGGUCAAUUUGGUUGUGUAAGAGAAUGUUGAAUAUUUAUAUUUU